CAUUUAACCCAAAACCCCUUUUCGCUGUUUAAAAUCUGUGAAAAUGUUCUUUAUCUCUGGAGACGAAGAGAGGUAAUAAGCAAAGCUCUCGCAAUGACCGAAACUCCACGCCAUCGAGUAGCUGCGUCGGAGAUUUUCCUCCAUUAUCUGACUGUUCUCGCAAGGACUGGUGUGUAUAGUUUACCUAUAGGCAGAAAAAAGCUCAUCUUAAUGGGAUUACAAGCACAAGAAGCUCUGGCAUCAUGCCACUGAUGGUGAUUAUUCAGAUAUCAAGCAAGAAUAUAUAGCAAGUCAAAGGGCAAUUUGGCCUCUAGAUUUGAUAGGGUGGAUGAUGAUCAACAGGGUAAAGUGCAACGACUCAGAGUUGGUGGUAGGCCCCCUGGGUCAGGUGAUGGAACAGCCACAGUCUGCUACUGUCAUGGACUGAGAAAGCUGGAAUGUGGGGGAAAGCAGUCGUGCUUGGUGGAGUUGAACCUCCAGAGCAAAGUUUGUCACACAAUGAUGAGACUUGGAUAAAACAGCUACAAGGAAGACUUCGGAUUUACAGAAAACUUGGGUCAAACAGCCCGUGACCAAGUGUCAGAAGCUUUACUGCUUGCUUGGUCAGCUCUUUGAGGAUGGAUUUUCUGGUAUCUGCGAAAGUUGAUGGAUCCUUGGAGAAGCUUUAGUCAAUCUGGUGCAUUUCAGCAAAAGUAAAUCUAUAGAGUGACACAUUAGCUAAGCAUUGGACAACAAGAAGUAGAGGUGCUGACAUAGUGGCUAGGACUGUCAUAUCUGCACAAUUGGUCGAGACUUUUUUUGCUCUAUCCAAAUGCCAUGAGGAGUUGUGUUGUAAUUUGUAAACAGAGUACUCACCUGGAUCUCACUGUUUUCUUCUUCUUCUUUCUUUUUUUUUUUUGUCUGUUUCCCACUUGUUUGUAAGUUCAAGAUUUAACAUGUUAUUUUCUUACCCAAACCGACUCUCUUUGGACGAAUCAUCUCGUACUCUUGAAAUUCUCUCACAAAUAGAAAACAAACAAAGAGGGUUAGGCAUGCUCAUGCGCUGAAUUGGUAAUGUGACUGGUGAAGUAAUUUCACUAAAAUAUUAACUACACAAUUAUUUUAUUGCUAACAUGUCACUAAUAAAGUUACAACAUUUCACUAAUUACUUUUAAGGAUCAAAUUAGUAAUUUCCUCUCAUAAUAGUUGUGAGUUGUGACAACCAAAAUUUUAUUUGCAGUGUAAACGUAAAAGUUGGAUAAAUCCCAUGAUCAUAGCUUAAAGGAGAGAUAUUUUCAAUUGUAAUGUUGUAAAGCGAGACACAUCAUCACCACGACCACAGAAACAUGAAACUCAUAUGAAUGGCUCCCAAUAAUUCGAUUGUCUUAAUUGUAAAAGGGGCCUCCCUCUUUAAUAUGUAAUGCAUUAAAUACUUUCGCCUACUUCUUCUUCCUUCUCCUUGCACACCAAGCCACAAUACACAUUACACUCCAACCGUUUUAGUUUUGGCCCUACAUAGAAAAUCAAUGCAUCAGCAUGUACCAUCAUUGGUCGAUGCUAGUACAGCCACGGGGACUUUAUAUGUGUAUAAAUACGAUUCCUUGGCCACCUUACUAUAACCAAUUCUCCAAGCUUCCCUUUGAGCUUGAGCUUCUUCUUCUUCUCCCUUCCUCUUGAUUUUGAUCUCAAAACCUCCUUUUUGUAAACACUUACAAGUUACAACCAACCAGACACAAUGGGAAUGAAAUGCCUAUUACCCCCGGCUCUCACUCAAAUGUUUGGCUACCCUUCAAACCAAAUCAAUCAAACCAGCAACUUCGUAAACACCCACAACAAAAUAAAGGUGAUGGAGAGAGAGGAAUUUCCAGGUGGGUUUCAAGUUCCUCUUCACUACCCUAAAUACUCCAAGUCUGAUUAUGAAGCCAUGGAUGAUCUUAGCCUUGACUUGCUCCUCAAACAAUAUGGAAUCUCCUUCGACGGAUCUCUUGAAGACAAGAGGGUCUUUGCAAUGGAGACAUUUCUCUGGCCAGACCAGCUUUAGAGUUUAUUUAUGUUUGGUGUUAGUAUAUCCAAGUAUCAUCUCCACCAACGUCCGAUCCUAUCAUGAGCCUAAGAUUAAAUAUUUUAGAAUUAUGAUAAAUCAUGACAUAUAUCAAUCACUUUGUAAUCAAGUUUGUGUUUUAUAUGUUUAUAUUUGGGGGCUUUAUAUGUACAUGUAUGAAAAACUUUUGAAGCAUGUUAUUUACACCUAUGUAUCACCAUGAUGAGUGCAUUAACUAAUAACAUCUUUCUUGUUUUUAAGCCCUUUCUCAAAAAAAAAAAAAAACAUGAAACUAAUACAUCUUUCAUGUAUUAUAUACAUUCUAAAGAUGUGAUCUAUCGACUUAUGAUAAUCUAGUUAUCUAUUUUCUUAAUCGGUCUAAACGCGGAUUAAUUUAUGGACUACAACACAUGAAUACUGCACUCGACAAAUGCUUACUAUUAAUAAUUGUUUUGGUCAAGGAUAAAUCGAUCUGAUUGAAACUAGAUUUAUUAAAAUAUGUUAGGCAUUACAUCAUUGAUUCAUUAUAGACGUGGUUUUAGCGCAAUAGUAAAGCUAAACUGCUUAAACACGGUAUGCCAAUUUAAUCAUUUACGAAUAAUAAAAAAAUAAAAAUAAUAAUUUAAGUUGAUAAAUAUAAAAUAUUUAUCAACUACAGAUAAUAUUAUUUUGGUGUAAAAUCUCUCCUAUUAAAA